GCUCUCUUUGGGGCCGGACGCCGCGGGCUCCGCAGGACGCGGCGGCGGAGGACGAGCGGCAUUUCUGCCCGGAACCUGCACAGGUGCCCAGCCCCAUGGCUGUGGGGCAGAAGCCAUGGGAGCCUUGAUGCAGUGAGGACAUGAUCCUGCCAUGGCACGGCCAUCCGCAAAGAAGGAGGAGGAGGGUGCCAGUGGGGCGCCCCCCCGGCCGUCGCCAUGGCGAAGCGGGAGUCCAGCUCUAGCCCGGUGGUGCGGCAGAUCGACAAGCAGUUCCUAGUGUGCAGCAUCUGCCUGGACCGCUACCACAACCCCAAGGUGCUCCCCUGCCUGCACACCUUCUGCGAAAGGUGUCUCCAGAACUAUAUCCCGCCCCAGAGCCUGACCCUCUCCUGCCCCGUCUGCCGCCAGACCUCCAUCCUGCCCGAGAAGGGGGUGGCCGCCCUGCAGAACAACUUCUUCAUCACCAACCUCAUGGAGGUGCUGCAGCGCCAGCCCGACAGCGCCAGCCACGAAGACGCGGCCGCCGCCAUGCUGGACUCGGUCAGCGCCGUGCCCGGGAAGCCUCUCUCCUGCCCCAACCACGAGGGGAAGAUGAUGGAGUACUACUGCGAGUCGUGCGAGACGGCCAUGUGCCACGAGUGCACGGUGGGGGAGCACCGGGAGCACGUGACGGUGCCCCUGCGGGACGUGGUGGAGCAGCACAAGGCCUCCCUGCGCCAGCAGCUAGACGCCAUCAAGAGCCGCCUGCCUCAGUUGACCACGGCCAUCGGGCUGGUCUCCGAGAUCAGCCAGCAGCUGGUGGAGCGCAAGAACGAUGCCGUGGCCGAGAUCGGGAGCACGUUUGCCGAGCUGGAGAAGGCUCUGCACCAGCGGAAGGGGCUGCUGGUUCGGGACCUGGAGGCCCUGUGUGGAGCCAAGCAGAAGGUGCUGCAGGCGCAGCUGGACACGCUCCGGCAGGGCCAGGAGAACAUCCUGAGCAGCUGCAGCUUCACGGAGCAGGCCCUGGACCACGGCUCCGAGACGGAGGUCCUGCUGGUCAAGAAGCAGAUGACGGAGCGGCUGAGCGAGCUGGCCGGCCGUGACUUCCCCGAGCAGCCGCACGAGAACGCCCAGGUGGACUAUGUGGUGGAGACGGAGGGCGUGCGCAAGUCCAUCCUCAACCUGGGCGUCCUGCUGACCACCAGCGCCAUCGCUCACAAGACGGUGGCCACGGGGGAGGGCCUGCGCCACGCCGUGGUGGGCCAGGCCGCCUCGCUGACCGUCACCACCAAAGACAAGGACGGGGAGCUGGUGCGCAGCGGGAGCGCCUGCCUGCAGGCCGAGGCCACCGCCCCCGACGGCUCGGCCCUGAGUCACGAGGUGCUGGACAACAAGAACGGCACCUACGAGCUGCUCUACACGCCGCGCCACGAGGGAGACCACCUGCUCUCCAUCCGGCUCUACGGGCAGCCCAUCCGCGGGAGCCCCUUCCGCGUCAAGGCCGUCAAGGCCUCCGACGUGCCACCCUCCCCGGACGACGUCAAGCGCCGCGUCAAGUCCCCCAGCAGCGGCCACAUCCGCCAGAAGGCCGUGCGCCGCCCCUCCAGCAUGUACAGCAGCGGCAAGAAGAAGGAGAACCCCAUUGAGGACGAACUCAUCUUCCGCGUGGGGAGUCGCGGUCGGGAGAAGGGAGAGUUCACCAACCUGCAGGGCAUCUCCACCUCCAGCAGCGGGCGCAUCGUGGUGGCCGACAGCAAUAACCAGUGUGUGCAGGUCUUCUCCAACGAGGGCCAGUUCCGCCUGCGCUUUGGGGUGCGGGGCCGCUCCCCAGGCCAGCUGCAGCGCCCCACUGGGGUCACCGUGGACCUCAACGGGGACAUCAUCAUUGCCGACUACGACAAUCGCUGGGUCAGCAUCUUCUCCCCCGAGGGCAAGUUCAAGACCAAAAUCGGAGCCGGCCGCCUGAUGGGCCCAAAGGGGGUGGCCGUGGACCGCAACGGCCACAUCAUUGUGGUGGACAACAAGGCCUGCUGCGUCUUCAUCUUCCAGUCCAACGGGAAGCUGGUGACCAAGUUUGGCAGCCGCGGCACCUCGGAGCGCCAGUUUGCAGGUACCCUCGACGGGCCGCACUUCGUCGCCGUCAACAACAAGAACGAGAUCGUGGUGACCGACUUCCACAACCACUCCGUGAAGGUGUACAGUGCUGACGGAGAGUUCCUCUUCAAGUUUGGCUCACACGGCGAGGGGAACGGGCAGUUCAACGCCCCAACAGGGGUCGCCGUGGACUCCAACGGGAACAUCAUUGUGGCCGACUGGGGCAACAGCCGGAUCCAGGUCUUUGACAGCGCAGGCUCCUUUCUGUCCUACAUCAACACCACGGCAGACCCCCUCUACGGGCCGCAGGGCUUGGCGCUGACGUCCGACGGCCACGUGGUUGUGGCCGACUCUGGCAACCACUGCUUCAAGGCCUACCGCUACCUGCAGUAGCCCCGGGGGGCAGGCUGGGCCCGGGAGGGGGCGCGGGGCUUCCCCCUCCUGCCCACCUGCUGGCCUUAUGGACGAUGGGCUCGGGUGGGGGGCUGGACCCUCAACGGGGGCCUGCCCCCCAGCGCUGGGCGGGGGCUCGGGCAGCUGAGUGUGACGGUGCCAAUCGCUAUCGAGGCAGCUAUAGGUGCACUGAGGGCGGGGGCCUUGGGGGGGGAGGGAGCGUCGCCCGCUUGGCUUCUCCAAGGACUACUUUUUGGGGGUGGGGGAGAACUCCCUUGGUGGCACCAAAGCAGCCGCUGCUUGCCGGCUUCAGAGGCUCUGGCCACCCCUUCGCCAACUAUCCCGGGGGUCUGGGACCCCAAGAGCUGCCCCCCUCGCCCCUC